AUGGGUGGUCCACAGGAUUUUCUGGAGAAGUAUGGCUACCUCCACCAGGAUCACCACAUCCACAAUGUGGUCGAGGUGCAGUCAGCCAUCCGCGAGUUCCAGUGGCUGUCCCGUCUCCCUGUCACAGGGGAACUGGACAGCGCCACCCUGCGGCAGAUGGCCGAGCCCCGCUGCGGGGUGUCGGAUGAGGGCAGCCAGCAGAUCUGGGCUCAGAGAGUCGGUGUCAUCUUUACCGGAAAGAGGCAUCACCGCAAGAGGCGCUCCACCGGCCAAGCCGAGAAGUGGUACAAGCGUCAUCUGACCUACCAGAUCGUGAACUGGCCUCACCACCUGUCUCUGGGCUCCGUGCGGCUGGCAGUGCGCACUGCCUUCCAACUGUGGAGCAACGUGUCGGGCCUGGUCUUCCAGGAGGCCCCCGAAGGGCCCGCAGACAUCCGGCUGGCCUUUUACGAAGGAGACCACAACGACGGGGCCAGCAAUGCUUUUGACGGACCAGGGGGAACUCUGGCUCACGCCUUCCUGCCUCGCCGAGGUGAAGCCCACUUCGACAUGGCAGAGAGGUGGACGCUCAACGGACACAAAGGACACAACCUGUUCAUGGUCACUGCCCACGAGAUCGGACACACUCUGGGGCUGGAGCACUCCCCUGUCCGCCAUGCUCUCAUGUCACCGUACUACAGGAAACUGGGCCGCAGCCUGGUUCUGAGCUGGGACGACAUCAUUGCAGUGCAGCAGCUGUACG